ACUUUCUGCAUUGAUAAAAAAAAAGUAAACACUGCGCGAUCUACAAAUACGUCUCACUGAAGUAGAGCGAAGGCAAAAGCAGAAGUGAAAACGACGUUUCAAGUAUUUCACGUAUUUCACGUAUCGGCAGGAUAUUGUUCUCGCUAGAAAGGCGAUAAUCCAAUCCCGGAAGCAAUGGGAACUGACGAUGUUAUAAGAAGCGAAAAAGUCCGGGAAGGAUUCCAGAUCAAUUGGUUAAUUUUGCGGGAUGCGGACACAGGCAAAAUUAUCUGGAAGGAAAAUAAGGAUUUCUCCUGUCCGGAUGUGGAGCACGAAGCCCGAGUACCAAUAAAGAUCCUUGACCUGCGAGCUGUUUCGCGUGAAAUCAAUUUUAGCACUGUUGAAUCGAUGGAGAAUUUUAGAUUGGAUCAAAAGGUUUUGUUCAAAGGACGAAUAAUGGAAGAAUGGUUUUUCGAGAUGGGUUGGGUGAGUCCGAACACCACCAAUACCUGGCAAUCGACGAUCGAAGCGGCGCCCGAGUCGCAAAUGAUGCCGGCCAAAGUACUGAACGGAAAUGUUACCAUUGAAACAAGUUUCUACGAUGGAGAGACGCUAAUCAGCAAAUCGGUGGUGCGAUUGUAUUACAUUUAACCGCACAUAAUUCUAGUCAAGGGCUCGCGGCGUACAGAACUUAUGCAAAUACUGGUCACGAGAAAGACAACGAUUCCAGAAUUUUUUGUACCGGAAACUGUUUGACCAACACGGUCGUAUCUCAGUUUUCAUGUCACAGAAUGAAAACCUAAAUUUGGAUUGAUACUGAUAUCGGUAUAUUGAAACGAACAAGCAUUUAUUAACAAUUUUUCAGAGCAACGCAUAAAAGGUAAACACACCAAAUCGAUGGCAGGUUCAAUGACAAAUAAAACAAUCGCUGCGGAUCAGUUUUAGCUUGCUUGCGCCAGGAUGCCACAAAUAGUUUUUACCACUGAGCAUUUCAAUGCCUUUAUGCGAUAAAUUAUCUACUGUCUAGGUUUUUACAUUAGAUAAGAAUGAAGACCGGCCGGGUCUUUUUAUACGUUGAAAUAAAUAAAUUAUUUGUAUUGUA